AUGGACGAUAUAUUGACAACGUUGCAACGGAUCCAGGAUCUGGCUGCACGCAUAUACGGAUCCAAGAGCGAGCUGGAGCGGGAUCUUCGACUGCAGGAACCCGUUUUUGGACGCACCCGGAACGAGAAGGAAAACGAGGACCCCUCCUCGGAGGACCAUCUCAUGACACAGUCAUCCCCGGUCACUUCAGAGGCAGAACCUGCAGAACAUGAGGAUAAAGGGUCGGAAGCCAGUUCUGAGACAGACUCAAUAACCGCAGACGAAAUCGGACAACUGUUGCCCUUGAACGACCCGGACAGGACCAAAAUCUACAAACGCAUAGAUGAUUUAGUGGACCGGCAUGAGCGCAUAAGGAGAGCCAGACUCAAACAGUUCCGUGUCAAGAGACCCUAA